AUGGUGCUAGCGUUCGCUGAUGACGGUCAGGAAACGAAAGAAAAAAACAUUAUUCAUAAUCCACUUAUUACUCUAUGGGAAAUGUUCAUUUAUGCAAAAAGUUGGACUAUAGUUAUAUCGUUAAUGGCAUUAAAGGCAUCGUCGAUCGGCGAAAGGGCUUUUAAUGCAUGCAAGAAAUAUGCACAAACAAUGCUGGAGUGUCACAACAUUUUGUAUCCAUCUCUACGAGUCAGAGUGCCGAUAGAUUUACUGCUGUACCCGCACAUGGCUUUAAUUGGAUACCGAAAGGACGUCCAACAACAACCUGUAUGGAAAUGUGGUGGAAGUUUGAUAAGUGAAAAGUGGAUUUUAACAGCUGCUCAUUGCAGUGAAGAUCCUAUUGAUGGACCAGCGAGUAUUAUAAGAAUCGGAACUGCUACAUUUGAAUUUGACGAAGUUGAUGAAUUAGCUCAGGAAAGAGAAAUAGUUCAGAUAGUCCCUCAUCCUGAAUAUAAACCGCCGUCUAAAUAUAACGAUAUUGCUUUGAUGAAAGUAAGACCAGACUUCAUACUCAGUAGGGAUAUAAGAAUAGGCUGUUUAAAUCUAAAUGAUAAAUUUGAUAAUAAUACACUAACAAUAAUUGGUUUUGGUAAGACAGAAUCCAGUGAUAACGCUGGAAGUGAAACACUAAUGACGGUUGACGUUGAUAUAAUAGAAAAUCACGUUUGUAAUAGAUCUAUGCGGUAUUUUAUUAAAAGGAAAAUUUUGGCCCAGGGUUUAAUAGAUAGUCAACUUUGCGCAGGCGAUUAUGAACGCGGGGGUAAAGAUACUUGUCAAGGUGAUUCUGGGGGACCCUUACAAGUGAUGGAUUAUAGGGUUGAUUGUAUUAAUACGUUCCCUUUGCACAGAAUAGUGGGAGUGACGUCGUUUGGAAGAGAUUGUGGACGAAGAAUGGCACCAGGUAUUUACACACGAGUUUCGAAAUAUAUUGGAUGGAUUGAAGAAAGCACUGGUCUAUAUUUUCUUUGCAAUCAAUCAAAAUAA